CUGUAAUCUGUACUCGUGUCAAAGAAAGCUCAAGAACAGCAGCGAGAUCGAGAGCCUUUUUGGAGGCGGCAGCAGCAGCAGCAGCUGGGUUUGGUAAUAAGAUUAAGACCUCGUGAUACUUACGUGCGUAGAAGUUGUCUUCUUGCUCGCCGCGUUCGUCUGAUCUUGCCAUGGAUUGGGACGCCAAGAUGCCUUCUUGGGACCUCGGCACGGUGGUCGGCCCGAGCGGCGGCGGCGGCGGUGGCGGAGGCGGCGCGCUCGACCUUAAGCUCGGCGCCCCGACGAGCUGGAAGACUACGGCGGCUGCCGCGGUGUCGGCUGCUCCGGCUCCGGCGCCGGCGCCCUCGGUGCCGCCGCCGCCGCCGCAGCCGGCCGCGAAGAGGCCUCGGGCCGGGCAGGGGCAGCAGGCGGCGGUCCCGGCGUGCUCGGUGGAGGGGUGCACCGCCGACCUGUCCAAGUGCGUCCGCGACUACCACCGGCGGCACAAGGUCUGCGAGGCGCACUCCAAGACGGCCGUCGUCACCGUCGCCGGCCAGCAGCAGCGCUUCUGCCAACAGUGCAGCAGGUUUCAUUUGCUCGGGGAGUUCGACGAGGAGAAGAGGAGCUGCAGGAAGCGGCUUGACGGGCACAACAAGCGGCGCCGGAAGCCCCAGCCUGAUCCUCUCAACCCCAGCAGCCUCUUCGCCAAUCACCACGGAGCGGCAAGAUUCACCUCGUACCAGCAGAUCUUCUCGACGGCGUCCAUGUCGCAGGAGGCGAAGUGGCCGGUCAGUGCGGUGAAGACGGAGGCCGACGUGUUCCAAGAACCGUACUACCAUGGCCUCCACCUCAACGGCGGCGCCGCCGCCUCCAUCUUCCACGGCAAGGGGAGGAAGCACCACUUCCCUUUCCUGACGACCGAUCACGGCGACGCGGCGGCGGCGGCGCCGUUCGGCUGCCAGCCGUUCACCAUCACGCCUUCCUCAGCUGAGAGCAGGAGCAGCAGCAGCAGCCGGCACAGCAACGGCGGCAAGAUGUUCGCCGCCCACGACGGGGGUCUGGACAACUGUGCUCUCUCUCUUCUGUCAGACAACCCCACACCGGCCCAGAUCACCAUCCCACAGCCUCUCGGCGGCGGCGGCGCCGGCGCCGGCGCGAUACAGUACGGCAGCGUGCAGCGGCUCCCCGGCGACGGCGACGUGUCGCUCACCGGCAUGUCUUACGUAAGAAUGGUAGAUGACAAGAACACACCCAACUUGGCCAAAUCUGCCACUGCCGCUACCACCAGUGCAGCUGCAACACAGCUGCAAUACCAUGGCUACUACCACCACCACCAUGCCAGUGCUGAUCAGGGCAACUCCGAUGCUGCAAUCCAGGCUCUCCCUUUCUCAUCAUGGUAGGAGAGUUUCCGAGUUCCGACUCCGAUCGAUCUCGCGUGCCGCGAGUCUGUGUUCUUGUUCUGAAUCCUGCUCGAUCAAAAAAAUGUCAGUGAUAAUGGCUGUAUUAUCUUGGUGACACUGAAAACAUCACCAUGAUAUGCACAUUUUUCAGCUUGCCUGGUAUUUCCAGUUUAUGGGGAGUACCACCCUACUUAUGAUUCACAAUUGCAUUAUUAGAUGUAGUGAUAUUUUUGGGGUUAUUCACUUUGUUGUGUAGUA